AUGGCAUCAUCUACUUCAAUGCCGAAAAAGUUUGACAUGAUCAACAUAGUGGAAGAUGAAAAGUUUGUGCAAAUUUUCGCAUUUGAUGAAAACACAGUGAAAUUGUCAUCGGAUAAACGGUCGGUGGAGAAUAGUAUGUGGAAACCGGCCUGUGCUCUUGGAGUUCAUUCAUAUUCAUCUGGUGUUCAUCGCAUCCGAACGAGAAUAGAUAAAUGGCUUCCGUUUCUAGGUAUUCGAUCCCGAAAUAUUCCAUUUGACGUAAGGUCUUCCUCUGCCUGUGGUUACACCUCUACAGAUUCAACGUAUGGUUGGACUAAAGAUUCUCGCUAUCAAGACGGCCGAAAGACGACAAGUGAGCGGGAUCAGAAGUUUAAUAGAGAUGGCCAUAUAUGGACAAUUAUAUUGAACUGUGACGAACACCGAAUACAUCUGUUCGAUGAAACAACCAAUGAAGUAGACGAUAUAGAAGUUGACGUUGAUAAAGCACCUUUUCCUUGGUGCCUCUUUAUUUGUCUUCCUCGAAUGAUAGCUGGAAUAUCACUAAUAUGA